UUGCCUUGCAACCUCGUCCGUUUGGUUGGACCCGCAACAUUUCGGUUCGAUUGGCCGCUCGAUCUGGUUGGCUGCGCCUUGCGACCGAGUUCAGUUCAGUCUCUCAUUCGCCUCUCGUAUUCGCUGUUGUCCGGACACGUGCGCGCUUGAACAUUAUUGUCGGUUUCUCGCCCUAGUGUGCGCAGAGUUCCCGUUAUAAUAAUACACAACAACUCCAAUCUCGUUUCGAUUGGGAAUUGUUUGGCAAUAAAAUACGCAUACAAGUGAUAUGAAAUCUAUCAAAGUUUCUGUGCAAUUAUCGAUGCCGAUUUGCCGCGCUUUAUUUUGUGCGUAAACUGCAAAAGCAAAAGAAAAGGAAACGAAACGAAAAACAAAUUUGAUAAGCGACUCGCAAUUUAUGCGCUAAUUAGGCAAAAGGCAAAAACAAGUGCGUGAGCCCCUCUCCCCCCACAAUCCACCCAUCGAAUUGUUGUUUUGCUGGAUGCUGCGCAGCCGACGCAGCAGCAGAAAGGUGCGUGCAAAGCAGCGACGCCAACUGCGACGCUUCUCGAACCUAGCCGGUUACAGUGCGUGCGAAUAGUCGUUGCCCGGGCAGCGACAAACGAAUGGGAAAAGCGGAAGGGGAAAGGGACAGCGACAGCGACAGUUGUCGCGCACUGUUGUUGUCGUAAUUUCGCGUUAAAAUAAACACGCAAGAAACACACAUACAAAAAAAUAAAAGAACGAGAAGAAGAAGACACACAAAAACCGUAAGAAGCUGCUCAAAGAGCAACAACAACAGCAAAGGAAAGUGCAGAAAAAUCAAAUAAGAAUUGAAAUUUAGGCCAAAAGCGGAUUACAAGAAUUGUUGCUGGCAACAACAACAACCACAACAACAACAACAGUAACAACUACAAGGAGAAGAAGAAGAGGAAGCUGAACAGCCGCAAGCAUAAAAGGAAAAAAUUUCAUCCUAACAAAAGCAACAACUUUGCGCCUCGCUUUGUGCGUACGUGUGCGUGCGUGUGUGUGUGUGUGUGCGUGUCCAUAUCCGUGUUCGAAUUCGCGCGUGUGUGAGUGUUUAAAGUGAAUUGCAAAAAAGUGAGAAGAAGCAAAAAUACAAAAUACCAAAAUAUCGAAACAUAAAUAACAACAACACGACCUCACAAGUGUGCGAGCGAGCGAGAUAGCUAGCUGCAAAUAAUUCAUAUGGAAAUUGGCGUAUGUCAUGCUGGCUCAUUAAUGUGCUUCAGUAUUUAACAGUUGACCCCCCAACCCCCCUCUCUCGAUACACUUCCCUGAACCUUGUUGCGUGCAGGUCAUCAAUUAAUUUGCUGCCAACGACAGCAACCAGCAGCAGCAGCAGCAACAACAACAACAGCGAUUGCCGCAAUCAUUUUCGCACUUUAAACGUCAGCAACAACAAUAAGCAGUGUAAAUAAAAGCCGCCUCAAAAGCUCGAACAAAAAAGAAAAACACAAGAGAGAAAAAGAACAAAAAAUUAAUGACACUUUGACGCGCUGUGGUUUCAGUUGUAUCUUGUAUCUGUAAGAUACAAAACCCCCAACCUCAGUCUCAGCCUCUUUGCCCCGCCCACACACUCCACCCACAAUCGAGAUAGCGGCCGCGUGCUGUCAUAAUUUAUCACAAUUGUCAUCUGGUCGUCGUCCAGUGAAAGUGCAUCCACAAGAUACACAGAAGAGCUGAAGCUACAAGAUACAAAUUGCUUAUGAAGACUUUCCCUUAUGCGGGUCAGUGCGUUAGAACAAUAAUAAUGCUGCGUCCAACGAGUGCAAACACAAAACAAAAGAGAUAGAAAGAGAGUUAAAAAGAGAAAAAGAGAGAGAAGAUAGAGGAAAAAGUCAAGUUUACUUUUAUUAUUUUUCCUGCUUGUGCACAAAAUACAAACAUAAUAAAAAAUAAACUCGCAAGCUGAAACUCAAACUUACCCUGCACUUGGAUUACUGAGAGCAGCAUCAGCAUCAGCAUCAGAAGCAGCAGCAAGGACUUCCAGCAAGGAUACUUUUGGGCAAUAAAAGUGCAAAUAAACAUGUAAAAGGACAUUAAGAUGCCAAUGAAAGGAGAGGACACAUGCCACAUACUCCAGUUGAAAUGUGCUUUUUAUGUGCGCAACUCUGCAAAGUCAAAGCCAACUAAAGGCUCGCUGGCGCUUCAUUAAAGUCAAAAGCGGAAGCGGAAACGGAAAUAGCCAACAACGAACAACACAAUACGCAGCAGACUGCGUGUGUGUGUGUGUUUGAGUUUAUUAACAUCAGCUUCAUCAGCCACUCGGAAUUGCUGUGUUGUUGCCAUGUUUUCAGUUUCGAUUUCAGUUUCAGUUUCAUUGCUUUGACUGUGUUUCAUUUUUUUUUUCUGCGGGCCAAAUUCGAAGCUCUCUCGCUGCACAUAAAUGACGAGGCGUCUCUGCGUUCGAGCACAACGCAAUGACAGCCAUGCAGUUUUUAAUAACAGCACCACACGAAAUACCAACAACAACAACAACAACAGCAAACAUGCAACCAACCACAGCAACAACUACAACGACAACAACAUCACGGACAUAUGGACAACGGCAACAACAGCACAACACACAUCGAAAAUCACGCAGAAGGUGCACGUUGCUGUUGUCCCAGUUGAUGUUGCCACUGCCACAGACGACGUCGCUGCAGUUGCCACUGUUGCCACUGCGAUUGCGCUUGGAUCUGGACACUGGCAAAACGGUUUCAAUAGUCUGCCUUGUGCUGUUGUCGCUGCUCUGCCUGCUGCCAGCGAGCACGUUGGCAGAGGAGGAGUCACAGGAUUUCCAAAAGAACAUACCCGCACGUCUGGUUUGGGCCGCAACUGGGAAGACCGUCGAUCUGCCCUGCGAUUUGACGCCGCCAACGCCGCAGGAUUCGGUGAAGUUGCUGCUUUGGUUCAAGGAUACCACCGGCAUACCGUUGUACAGUCUGGACUCACGAGGUGGCAACGUAAAGUUGGCGCCACAUGCGGCCAUAGCUAGCGAUCUGGGUCAACGUUUGUUCUUUAGCAUCGGCGACAAUCCCAAGGAUUCGCGCCUACAGAUUAAGGAUGUCAAGCCCGAGGAUGGCGGCGUCUAUCGCUGUCGCAUCGAUUUCUUCAACUCGCCCACUCGCAACUUCAGGCACAAUCUGACUUUAGUCGUGCCGCCUGAGGAGCCGCGUAUCUUUGAUGCGCAGGGAAAGGAAAUCUCACAGAUGGCGGGACCAUUCCGCGAGGGUUACGAGCUCUUUCUUUGCUGUCAAGUGCGGGGCGGUCGACCCCCGCCCAAGGUCACCUGGUGGCGAGAUGGCAACGAGCUCAUCGGCACCAGCCACACGUCCGUCGAGGAGGGUGCCACGGUCAUGGUGAAUCAGCUGCUCAUUGGCACCACAACACGAGACUAUUAUGGGGCGCGCAUCGAGUGCCGAGCACAAGGCACGCGACUGCUGGAGCCUGUUGUCAAGGAUGUGACCGUGCAGGUGCAUCUGAAACCCAUUCGAGUGAAGAUAUUGACGCCCAAUGAUCUGCUCACAGCUGGACAUCCGAUGGCCAUUCGCUGCGAAUCGUGGGGUUCGUAUCCAGCGGCCAAAAUUGCCUGGCUCUUGGAUGGUGAGCCCAUCCGCAAUGCUGAGGUCACCCUACACAGUGACAAAGAGGAUGCGAAUAUCACGACGAGCAUUCUCACGCUGAAGGUGACUUCGGAGAACGACAAUGCGGAGCUGACGUGUCGCGCUACGAAUCCCUGGUUCUCUGGCGGCGCCAUCGAGGACAAACGUAUCAUACGUGUGGCAUAUCCGCCCACCGUGUCGGUGCAUUUGGCCAACGAGGAUCCCAGUCGUAUGGUUACACGUGCCGAGGGCCAAAAUGUCACGUUCAAGUGCCGUGCUGAUGCGAGGCCUCCGGUCACCAGCUACUCCUGGUUCAAGAACGGCAUGCGUAUGUCUGGCGAGAGCACGGAAAUCAUGCACUUGACACAGCUGGAGCGGGAGAGCGCAGGAGCGUAUGCUUGCGGGGCAACGAACACCGAGGGGGAGACGCGCAGCUCGAGUCUCACACUAAAAGUGCAGUUCUCGCCGCGUUGUAAACCAGGCACAGAGCAAACCUCGAUUGGAGCCAUCAACAUGCACUCGAUACAGGUCAAAUGCGAGGUGGACGCCGAUCCGCCCGAGUCGGUGAGAUUCAGUUGGACCUACAACAAUACACGCAACGUGUCGCCGGUGCUCAACUCAAGGAUACAAUCGAAUGGCCUCACCAGCACUAUGACGUAUCUGCCGCAAACCGACUCCGAGCUAAUAACUCUAGCCUGCUGGGCCAGCAAUGUGGUUGGCAGACAGACGGCGCCAUGUCUCGUCCACAUAUUGCCAGCAAAUGCACCCGAGGCACCCAAGGCCUGUGAACUCCGCAACGAUACCGUCCUCGAGGUGGUCUGUGUCGCUGGCAGCGAUGGCGGACUCUCGCAGUACUUUAUGCUCGAGGUGGUGGGCGGCGAUUUGCUUUAUGCCAGCGAAUCAUCAUCGGCUGGCAACCGAGGCGGGCAAUUCGGUGAAACGCUGGGCAAUGCGGACAAUGAGAUAUCCACGUUGAAUGAUCAGGCUACAUCUGCACCCAUCUUUCGAAUGCAGGAGAACAGUCCACAAUUUCGUUUGAAUAAUUUAGAGCCGGGACGUGAAUAUCAAUUUUUAGUUUAUGCCGUUAACGCCAAGGGACGCAGCGAGCCGCCGGUGGUGAUUGAACGUGUGCGCGUGGCUGCACAACUGGGACCAUAUGAUGAAUCCAUACUCUCGGAGGAUCCGACGCCCGCGGAAACCACGCAUCAUGUGGGCGGCGGCAUCGUUGGUGGCAACGGCAAGGGAGGCGGCGUUGGGGGCGGCGGCGGCGGUCUUUCGUCGGUUGGCGUCGGCGCUGGCGCCAGCAUUGGCAGCGGACCGGAGAAGCAAUCGACGCUGCUGAUACUCGCCGCCGUUGUGGCGAUAGGCGUCGUCAUUGUGACGUCAAUUAUCGUGGCCGGCAUCGUUGUUGUCUGUCGGCAUCGGCCGCGGCCACCUGAGCCGCAGGAAGUGCGCAAGAGCAUGCGGCCGGCGCGCAACGAUGUGCCCUCGAUGUACAUUGAGGAGGACGAGCUGAACGAGCUGGAGGAGGGCGGCGGAAGAGCGGCGGAGAUACGAGCGCGCAUCACUCCGCAUCAGGCCACAUCGCAUCUGUGUGGCGGUGGCGUUGGUCCGGGCGGUGUUGCCCCGCUGGGCGGUCCAGGUGCCAUUGUGGGCGUGGCCGGGCCGCAUCAUUACAUCUCCGAGAGCUUCAUACAGUACGCGCAGCCCAGUCUAAACGGCGAUGUGCUGCUACCUUUGCUUGUUACAGCCACAGCGAGUCAGCCGAGCAGCCAUCGUCGUUACCAUCGUAGUGCUGCCUCAGCUGCCACAAUGUCGGACGUGGUCGUGGCCAUGCCACAGCCAGUUGCAGCCAAGCUUUGUGCAACAGCUGCCAAUGCGGCCGAUGCAUCCGCCGUCGUCGCCGCCGCCGCCUGGCCACCCAAAUACCCGGAUCUGAUAUUACCGCGCGGCGAAUUGGAAUUUACGACUCUGGAUCCCACGCUGAAGUAAUUGUAAAAAGUAAUAAUAUCUACCACACACACACAUACAAACACACAUAAUCCCUUCAUCCCUGGAUCUGGAAUUCGCAGCCCUGGUUCACGCUGAUGCACUACGAGCAAGAACAACAGAGCAUCAUCGUAAUUCACGGGCGUUUCAUUUUAUCGUACAUAGCUGUAAAUUUUUAGCAUAAAUUUAAAUGUAUUAAUGUCGAAAGGUAUAACAUAAGUGCAUCCUCUAUGCAUAUAUCCUUGUCUGCGUGCGCCGAAACAACCGAAAAAUUUAUAUAUAUAUACACAACAGCAAAUUGAAAUCAAAGUGGAAAUGGUAAGGGAAAAAUAGCAAUGAACAAAAAUAAGUCUGCCUUUGCCGUGCUCUAAUCGAAAAAAUAACUGAAAUCAAAAAGUGAAUUUUGUAAAUAUCAUUACACACACAUACACACAUUUUAUAUAUAUAUACAUUAACACCCAUCUGCGAACAGUUGAGAAUCAAAAAGAAGAAAUAGCCUCGACAUCAAAAUGUACAUAGCAAAAAGAAAGAGGAAUGAAGAUAACCGGGCAACCAUUAAUCAAACUGCAUUUAAAUGUUGAAAUAAAAUUUAAUUAAUGAACCAUUUUAGUUUGUAAGCUAGUUGGAUAGGCGUAAAACAAGUUUAGUCGCUAGGCAAAACUAAAAUUAGACUCAAAGAGCGUAAAACCAGGACAAGAGCAUAAUUGGCAUAGCAAGUAGACUAUAAAUAAAUAGUAUAUAGAAGAAGGAGGAGGAGAGAAAGGAGUAAAUUUGUUCACGGAUGUGUGCGUAUGUGUAAUAUUCAAGAAUUUAUUACUGCAAAACUGAUAUCAAUAUUGAUUAGCCAAUACUCAGUUAACUGGCCAAGAGGCGGGCGGGGUCUAUUUGCAAUUGAAUUUAUGCAAUUUUCAUAAUAGAUUUGUGAAUAGGCAAAGUGCUGGCCAAGUUAGCAACUAUUUAUAUAUGAAUUCAUGAAUAUUCCAUUACCAUAACAAAAGCCAGGCUGGGCUGGAAAAAGUGAGCACAAAACUCUUCGCAAGUGCAUAAUGAAUAAAUGUUAAAUAAAUUACAGGCCCAAAAAUACAAAACUAAGGCAGCAGAAACCGAAACAGAAACCGAAGCAGAAACAGAAGCAGAAGCAACAACAAUAAUACGAAUUAAUUCAUUGUAUGUACAUGUUAUAAAUAAAUAACUAAAGUAACCGAGCGACUAACGAAAAACGACAUGAAAUCUUAAAUAAAAUAUAAUUCAUAUACACAAAACAUGCAUUUGGUAUACGAAUGUGAAUAUCAAAUACACAAACACACAAAAACACACACAUGAAAAACCAAAUGGCAGCCUAGCAAAAUAUACACUGCGUAUGCGUAAUAAAAUAAAUUAAAAUUAUACCAAAAAUAGAGCAGGAACCGAACCGAAACGAGUCGAAAUGAAUUGUUGGCAAACCAAAGACACAGACAGAGAAUUGAACUAUCUCCUAGGAGUAUCCAAGUAUUCUCCUCCCUUUCUCUCUCUGUCUCUUUCCUUCACAGUCGCUAUCGCUGUCGCUAUCGAUGAGUUUCGGUCUCACUCUCACUCUAAUUCUGUCUCUCUAAAACUAAACUGAUUGUUUUUAAGGCAAAAGUUAGAUUUACAAACCAAAACAAAAAUGCAAAACACAAAAAAAUGCGAAAACAAAAACAAAC